AAAGUUUUAUCUCCCUCUUCAGGUAAAGUCUUCAAGUGUCUGCUGACGUCACACUCAGGGAUAGGCUGUGUCACGUGGUACAACUUUCCAAACCUAUGUGUGUUUCCCGAAAAAAAAGUGUAGAGGAACAAAAACCCUUUGAUAGUGGAAAAGGCCUUUGAAUUCACAUUCAUCCAAUGAAGUUUUACGCACUGAACUCGAGGCCAAUGUAAGUCUUAGCUGAGUGACUGCGUGUGAAAGGGAUAAUUGCAUUCCUCACUCGGCCUUGUGCCUGAAACAUGCUCCACUACAACGAUGUUUCCAGAGGCUCGCUUCCGAGUCUUCACGGCUUGGCUGAUCACAGGACAUCUGAGUCUUUAAGCUCCGAACCACUUCCACCACCUCCCCUACCGGACCAACCACCAGUAGGCCCAGAGUUUGAUCCCAACGGAAGCGACAACGAGGACUCUGCCAUCGACAUCAAACCCGUCCACCGCUUCAUCCCAGACUCAUGGAAGAACUUCUUCAGGUCCAGCAGCAGAAGCAGCAAGUUGAAGUCAAUGUUGGGGUCGAGCAGCAAGAACGCCACCACUGACGGCGUUCGCUGUUCUCCUCCGCAGUCUCCGUCACUUCCCGGCUCGUACCGCGACCAGUACGGUGGAUCCGGAGGAAGUUAUAACUCGCGUAAAGAGCGUGAGGCAAUGCUGUUGGGCAACCCUGUGGAAUCCUUUGACGGCCAUACAGUGCACACAGCUUUGACAUACAGUGAAAAAGUCGAGGAAUACAACCAGCGCUACUCCUACAUGAAGUCUUGGGCUGGACUUUUACGUAUUCUUGGUUGCGUUGAGCUGCUUCUGGGGGCGGCGAUUUUUGCAUGCGUAUGUGCUUACAUUCAUAAAGACAAUGAAUGGUAUAACAUGUUCGGAUACUCGUCACCUGGUGGGUUUUCUGGAGGAGGUUACGGUGGUUCUUAUGGAGGCUCUUAUGGAGGCGGUUAUGGCAAUACCUACUACACCGGACCCAAGACGCCAUUCAUCCUGGUGGUGGCGGGAUUGGCAUGGAUAGUGACUGUUAUCAUGCUUGUCUUGGGAAUGACCAUGUAUUAUCGAACUAUCCUUUUAGACUCAAAUUGGUGGCCCUUAACGGAGUUCUUCAUAAACCUGGCUCUUGCGCUCCUGUUUUUGGCAGCUGGUUGCGUGUACGUGAAUGACACUCUACGAGGUGGACUCUGCAGCUAUCCGGUCUUCAAUAAUGGCAUUAAUGGCGCUUUCUGUCGCACUGAGGCUGGACAGACAGCGGCUAUCAUUUUCCUGUUCUUCACCAUGAUCGUGUACUUGAUCGGAGCCAUAGUCUGUCUGAAAAUGUGGCGGCACGAGGCAGCUCGGCGACUACGAGAACGGAAUGGGCACGAGAUGCUGCCAAGAGAUUCUCCUGCUGAUGUGCAUUUGGUUGUUGAUGGACCAAGGGAGCCAAUGUCUGUCUCAGCGCCAGUACAUCACACACACGCUGCCGCCCCUGCCGUCUCCAAGCCCAAAAUUGUGAAAGGGUAUAUUCCAGCUGGACACACUCCUAAACCUGUGAUCAUGCCAGACUACAUCGCUAAAUAUCCUGCCAUUCGAACCGACGAGCAGCGGGACCAAUAUAAAGCCGUGUUUAAUGACCAAUAUUCUGAGUAUAAAGAGCUCCAUGCAGAAGUUCAAGUGAUACUGAAGAAGUUUGAUGAAAUGGAUGUAAUGAUGCAGAAUUUACCGCAAAACCCCACCAAUCACAUGGAGCGUGAACGCAUCAACAAAAUCCUGCAGGAAUAUCAGCGAAAGAAGAUGGAUCCCUCAUUUCUAGAGAAGAAGGAAAGAUGCGAGUAUCUGAAGAACAAACUCUCCCAUAUCAAGCAGAGGAUUCACGAGUAUGACAAAGUCAUGGGCUGGAACGAUGGUUACGACUCAUUCUUUAUGUUUAGAACAUCAGUGCGCGAGAACACUUCAGCAAACAGAAUGUCUUCGAAGCCGAACGGGAGUCCUCCGCCCUAUGAUUAUCAUACUGAAGAUGGAUAUAAUGUUGCUGCCUCUCAGCCUGCGUACUCGUACUACCCCGACGAUGAGUUCCAGCAUUUCUACCGCUGGACGUCUCCGCCGGGCAUCAUAAAGAUCAUGUGUGUGAUGUCGGUCAUCCUCUGCGUGGGCAUCUUCGUAUGCGUGGCCUCCACGCUGGCCUGGGAUACAGAUGGUGGAGCGGCUGGAUUCGGAGGCAUCGGAGGUUCUUAUGGAGGUGGCUAUGGCGGCUCCUACGGCGGCUCCUAUGGUGGCUCCUAUGGCGGCGGCGGCUUUGGGGGAGGUGGAUACGGAGGCUAUGGUUAUGGGAUCCUAGGAUCUCAGAACGAUCCCAGGCAAGGAAAGGGUUUCAUGAUCGCAAUGGCGAUCAUCUCCUUCAUCGUUCUGCUCGUCAUCUUCAUCAUGAUCAUCUCACACCAGAAAGUGUCCCAGGGCAGGAAGUUUUAUCUGGCCGUCAUCAUCACCAGUGCCAUCAUGGCCUUUCUCAUGUUUGUUGCCACCAUAGUCUACCUGGUGACGAUUUACCCAAUGGCCCAGACGUCCGGAUCUGUUCAAUUCAAUCAAGUGUAUGCCAUGUGUGCCGCUUACCAGCAGCCGCAGAUGUCGGGUGCGUUUGUCAAUCAAUAUCUGUAUCACUACUGCGUCGUGGAUCCUCAGGAGGCAAUCGCUCUUGUUUUGGGCUUUAUUGUCACCGCGGCCCUCAUUAUCAUCAUGGUUUUCGCCAUUAAAACCCGUCAAAGGAUCAAUUAUCAUGGGAAGGACAACAUCCUGUGGCGCCGUGUGAAAGAAAUCGAGGACCCAAACUCCCCGCAGGAUGUGGAGGAUUGGGUGAAUGAUGUGAAUGGCGUCCCUGAUCCACUGCUGACUGACUAUCCCAUGAAGUUCGGAGGGUCUAGAAAUGAUCUAGAUGACAACAGCACAAAUUAUGACAAACCUCCCCACAGUGAGAGUCCUGUGGAGAUUCGGCAUGAACUGCCUGUGCGUAGUUCAGCCCCACUGAGCAGCGGUUCAGAGUUCAGCAGCUCUGCGGGACGGCCCAAGAAACGCCGCGCUGCACGCCCGCGUACCGCCGACGGCCGGGAUCGUGACGCAGACUACGCCUCUUCUGGAGACGAGCUGGAUGAUGAGGACUUCUUCAGUGAAUUUCCUCCCAUUGCUAAUAAUGAAGAGAGAGAAGAUUACAAACACCUGUUUGAUAAAGACCAUCAGGAGUACAAGGAGCUGCAGGCAGAACUGGACCAGAUCAACAAGCGUCUGGCUGACGUGGACCGAGAGCUCGAUGACCUGCAGGAGGGCAGCCCUCAGUUCCUGGACGCCAUGGACGAGUACAACGCGCUCAAAGACAUGAAGAGGGGCGGAGAUUACCAGGUGAAGAAGAAGCGGUGCAAGCACCUGAAGGCCAAACUAAACCACAUCAAGAAGAUGGUCAGCGAUUAUGACCGCAGAUGCUGAAGGGAAGAGCUACUGGACAGCAGUGAGAGAGCAUAGAUGUGUCUGUCCAAACGUGUGGGUCAUUGCCAUUUGUGAGCUGUGCUGUGUUGCUUUCUGGACAUUUGAUUGAUAAUGCAUGUAAAUAUUAACAGCAUUCUGAUGCAUAUUGCUUAAUGCAAUAUUUUCCAGAAUCCUUCAUGAACCAGGGAAGUCUUAAAAUCUGUUUGUUGUAGUUUGUUUGUUCCAAAUGUCUGAUUAGCUGUUACAGAUUUAACAUGAACUUGUUGUUGUUUCAGUACCUCAGUGUUUGUUUUAGUGUUUUUAAUAGUUACUCAGAGGUUUCUUGGUGGGUAAAAUAAAUGUGCCAAAUAAUUUGACCAGGUGGGUGGUGUGAACUCUUGAUAACCAUUUUUGUUUGUACUUUAAUCAAGCCGUGAUCAGUUACAGAUAAAAAUUUAACGAUUAGUCUUUUAAGCUGUAUUUAUGCCAUUUUAAGAACUUUUACAUGCUGUUAUGUAAAUAUGUAAUUUAAAUGUUUAACCUUUAGAUUUUUCCUUUUGUUUUUGAACUUUAAAUAAAAUCAUUUUUAUCGACAAUAAAUGUGACCGUAUACAUUUACCAGUA